GCGCGACUGGGCGGCCUCGAGGUCUUUUUGCUUCCCGUUUUGUACCGUGCGGUACGUCCACCGUGGUACUGACGUUUCGCUGUGCCAUCGCAUGGCCGACGUGUGCAUUCCGAGGCUUACAGCCGCGUGGUACCCGCUGUGUCACGAGCGUCACCGUUGAAAGGGCUCCCCGCCACCAGCGUGGUCAUCCUCGUCCACCUCGCCGUGGCCGUCCCCGUGUAGCCGUCGUGGCCGCCGCCGUCGUCCCCGCAUCGGCGCACCGACCGCACCGUAACGAUCAUCAUCACCGAAAAGACAGAGAAAAAGAGAGAGAGAGAGAGAGAGAAAGAGAGACACGCAGAGAGAGAGAAAGAAACAAAGAGAGAGAGAGAGAGAGAGUGAGAAAGAUCGAGAUAGUAAGAGAGGAAUUCGUACAGCCCGGCAGCCGACGUCGACGUACGAGGCCAUCCUACCUACGUGCCAGACUUCUUCGUCACCGUCGUCGGCCUCCCCCCUCCGGACGAGAGAGAGAGAGAGAGAGAGAGCGCGCGCAACAGCGAUAAAUCUCCUCAGCCGAGCACCGACUAUAUAACACCGCGACCACGCGUCCCCACGCGCACCAGCGAUGUCGAACGAGGAGACCUCCGCCGACCGCAACGUCGAGAUCUGGAAGAUCAAGAAGCUCAUAAAGAGCCUCGAGAUGGCCAGGGGGAAUGGCACGAGCAUGAUUUCGUUAAUCAUACCUCCAAAGGACCAAAUAUCGAGAGUGAGCAAGAUGCUGGCGGAUGAGUUUGGUACUGCGUCGAACAUUAAGUCUCGUGUAAAUAGAUUAUCUGUCUUGGGUGCAAUCACAUCAGUACAGCAUAGGCUAAAGCUAUAUACUAAAGUGCCUCCAAAUGGCCUGGUAAUUUAUUGCGGAACUAUCGUUACGGAGGAAGGGAAGGAGAAGAAAGUCAACAUCGAUUUUGAACCUUUCAAGCCUAUCAACACUUCUUUAUAUCUUUGUGAUAAUAAGUUUCACACGGAGGCGCUCACAGCGUUACUUGCCGACGAUAACAAAUUUGGUUUUAUUGUUAUGGAUGGUAAUGGCGCACUGUUCGGCACGCUACAAGGCAACACACGUGAGGUCUUGCACAAAUUCACCGUGGAUCUCCCCAAGAAACAUGGUAGAGGCGGUCAAUCUGCUCUCCGUUUCGCCCGAUUACGGAUGGAGAAACGGCAUAACUACGUUCGAAAAGUCGCGGAAGUAGCUACCCAAUUAUACAUCACUAACGACAAGCCAAAUAUCGCUGGUUUAAUAUUGGCAGGUAGCGCCGAUUUCAAAACGGAACUUAGUCAAUCCGAUAUGUUUGAUCCGAGAUUGCAAGCCAAGGUCAUUAAACUGGUGGAUGUAUCGUAUGGUGGGGAAAAUGGCUUCAAUCAAGCCAUCGAGUUAGCGGCCGAAUCCUUGCAGAACGUAAAGUUCAUCCAAGAAAAGAAACUGAUCGGUCGUUACUUUGAUGAAAUUUCUCAAGAUACCGGCAAGUAUUGCUUCGGCGUUGAAGACACGUUAAGAGCGUUGGAAUUAGGUAGUGUCGAAACGCUUAUCUGUUGGGAGAACUUAGAUAUUCAACGAUACGUCUUGAAAAAUCAUACAAACGCGGAAGAAAAAGUGUUACAUCUAACGCCAGAACAGGAAAAGGAUAAAACUCACUUUACGGAUAAAGAGAGCGGGGUAGAGUUGGAGCUUGUGGAGUGUCAACCACUGCUCGAGUGGCUCGCGAACAACUACAAGAGCUUCGGUGCUACCUUGGAAAUUAUCACAGACAAGUCUCAGGAAGGAUCCCAAUUUGUCAGAGGUUUCGGCGGUAUCGGAGGUAUCUUGCGGUACAAAGUGGACUUUCAAAGUAUGCAGCUGGAAGAUACCGAAAUCGAUAGCUUUGAUUUGGACGACUACUAAGUCCAUGACACAACCGACACUUGGUUCUCUUAUCUUCGAGGAAAAAACACCCGGGCAUGCGGUGUGUAUGUUCUCUCUUAAUGCAAAGAGAGAAGCAUAGACCGGCACGUUUCGAAAAAUUCACCAUACGAUGCAGCAACAACAACAAUAACAACAACGUACGAUAUCGUCACGAAAUCAUUAUCUAGAAUUUACCGAGCAUCAUGCAGAUCGUUUACGUGAAAGAGUGGAGCACAGCAUACGGCGGGAGCAUAUCGCGGCUCAGCACGGCCGUAUCUAAGGGAAAAAGAAAUAAACAAAAACAAACAAACAAAAAGAAACAGAGAAAUAAAGGGCAACUCGAAGACUGUGACACUUAAUUAAGCCAGCUUGAUACCUGCCUACUCUCAUCUAACAUUUUACCACCCUUCUAUUACGAUUUAUGAUCCUCAAUUGUUCACGCGGAUUCGUUUAAAAGCAACCUACACACGCGCUCUACAGUGCCGAAUACAAAGAAAAGAAGAAGAAAAGAUUGUACAGUGUAUGUACGUGGUUUGAUCGUAAUUUUAUAUUAAAUUGAUGUGUCUGUCAUCUCUUUACCAUAGAUUUUAUGAGGAAUGAGUAUUUAAACUACAAGAGCGGAUGUAGCGUUAUUUUUGUUCAGAUACAAUCAUGAAAAAAAGAGCUGUAAUAAACUGAUUAUUAUGAACAUACAAUUGCAUUUGUAUCGUGCAUUCUGACACCGGUUUGCAAAAUUCACGCGGACAUAUUAAUAAACGGAGAGCGUUCUGUAAAUAGAUGUCAAUUUUUAAAAGCGGCGCAGUUGCCUUAGGACAUAAGUUGAGAUCGUCGUCGCCGACGAUCCACGGAGUAAAUGAAGUAUUUCCGUCUUAUGCAGUGAUACAUAUACUUGUAAAUGUAGAGUCAUACGAUUUCCACGCGAUCCCACGUUGCUCCGUUUGCUGGCUCUCGGCUCUUAGAUUUUGUACAUUCACACAACUGUACAUAAAGAGGCGCUUCGUAAGAAAAGGAGAACAAAGAGAUGUAUCGAGAGGUAACUUUUUCCAUUGUUAUAAUAGUGGUGCACCUUAGACACAUAUACAUAUAUACACACACACACAUACAUACACACAUAAAUACACACAGUGAAGAAGAAAAAGAUAUUCCCCGCGAUAUUUAAACGACAGUUAUCGUGAAAGAGAUAUUACGAAAUUAUUUUAACAAUUGUUAAUUUAACUUGCUUGUUCGUACGGAUGCCUUUGUAAUAAACGACGCUAUGUAUGUAUAAAUGUGGAAAGAGUGCAACGUGCAAUUUUGGUGAAGUAUUCUUUAACGAAAGAACGUAUGCUGUACAGAGAGACGAAGAUUUUCGCGAAUGCUAUGAGAUUCUCUUGUCGAAAAGGAAAAGAAAAAAGUAAGAAGAACAGUGUAUUAUUGAUCGAUGAUGUAUUUACGUGAUUAAUUAUGCGAUAUUAUUCUGGUGUACACCUUGCAGAGACAAAAACAAGCGCACAAGAGAACUUCAUCAAAGUGGAACGUUCGAAAAAGAGAGGGGGGGGGAGAGAAAGCGAAAGAGAGAGCGAGUGAGAAAGGGAGGGAGGAGGUGGAAAGCGAGAAAUCUGACUUGUGGUAUGUACACAACGAAUUCCAGAACGUGAUGGCUCGAAGUAUUGUAUUUGUGUAUUGUCUCUCAAGAUAUCGAGAUGUUAAUUGCCGGCUUAACGUUUCUUCAAAUUUUUAUAUGUAAACAUCUCACUAGGAGUCUCUAGAUAGUUAUUUAUUUCUACACAUCGGUGCGACUACGUUUCUGCUUAGUGGAACAUUGAUUUAAGUAUGCAGGAUAGUGCAUUAAGAACUCGAUGAAUAUCUAUGAGUGAAAGAGAGGGAGAGCGUGUGUGAGAAAAGAAAGAUAAAAAGAAUGAGAGGAAGAGAACGUGAGUGAAAAGGAGAAAGAGAGAGAGAGAGAGAGAGAGUAGGAGAAGCCUUGUAAUCUUUGUCUUAAAGUAAGGGUACACGGAAAUGUCGUCCACGCGAGUUGCUUUAAUCGAAUCGAUGACGUACUUAGAUUAUGGCUUGCCUAUGAUCUCUAUAAGCAUAGUUGUAUAAUCUGCUAUAACAACAUAUUCGUCAUUGAUUAUUUUACUUCCAUACGUAUUUUGCCACUAAAAAGUGUGUCCUUCGAUCGAGACCGGUUGUUUCCUUGAACCUUCAUUAGGUUUCACAUAUGACGACGAUGAUGCUCAGAUGUCCGUUUGUUGUAACCGUUGUAUCCGUUCGGAUCGAUUUCUCAGGCUCGUAUUAACAGCCGUUAAUUUUAACAUUUGCUUCGCGCGAGACACCCAGAUUUGAAUCUUCGGAGUUAGAUGUGAAUUUGUCAUUUAAAUCGCAAUAUGCUACAUUAUUACACUGCAAAUGUGCUAUCAUACAUUACACAUGUAUCCCAUCACGUGUGUGUAACGUAUCUAUGAAAAAAAAAAAGGGUUAAUAAUGUAUCUCGAGCGAGAAACUUGGACCUAACUCCUGAAAUCAGAUUCGAGUAUGUCUCACGUGAGAGACCGGUUUCAAAUGACGACCAUUGACACGAGCCUCGGAGCGUAUAAUUUUAUUAGAAACGCUUCGCGUUCUCAUGCGUGUACGCCAGCACGACCAUGUGUCUGUAGGCUGUUCUAAAGAAAUCUGUUCUUCAGUGGAUUACGAGUAUACUUGGUAUGGAUCAUAACUGAAAACGAUUGGAAAAGAAAUUGUCGGGUAGUGUCGCUGCUCAUUUCCUGUGAGAUCUAUGCUCUGUCAGGUGACAAAGAGGGAGAUUGAGAAAUAAUGUUACAAAAGGAAACAUUCCAUACGCGCGUAUAACUCGCAUCAACCUGUAUGAAACACCGCAUGCAGAGAUCAACAUUUUUCUUUUUUUUUUUUUUUAAAGCG